CAAUCCCAAAAGAAGUACCUGUUUUUUGGGUUACUUCAAAUCCUUCACUUUAACCCAACAAAUACUUUUUCUUCUUCAUCUUACUUACCUUCAUGGCCAACUCCUCUAUAUCGAAACGCCAGAAACUCUAUUGUAGAGAAGAAACAGUGGGUGCGGAUAGGAUCAGUGAUCUUCCGGAUUGUCUUCUCAUUCACAUCCUUUCAUUCCUCAGAACCAAACAGGCCAUCCAAACUAGCAGGUUGUCAAGUAGGUGGAAACUCCUCUGGACUUACGUCCCAAAACUCAACCUCGACAUUGACAGUUUUCCAGAGUUUGAGUGUGACAAAGUUGGUUCGAUUAUCAAUUUUGAAUGCUAUGUGUCCCAGGUUUUGGCUAAACACAAAGCAAAGUACCUCCGAAAUUUUCGCUUGAAAUACGAGUUAUAUCAUCAGAAACGUCUUGACAGAUGGAUUUCCACCUUUACUACUUCUGCUCUUAACCUCCAGGAACUUGAUCUCCAGAUUAUCAAUUGUCCUACUACUCCUACUGACUGCUUUUGGAAGUUGCCACAUAGCAUAUUCUAUUGCAACAAAUUAGUGGUUCUGAAAAUAGAAGGGCACAUUGUUCUCGAUCCUUCGUCUUCAUCAUCCUUUCAACUCAACACACUGAAGAUACUGCGUCUUGAAAGUAUUACUUUCGCAAAUCGCUACUCUUUCGUGACACUCCUCUCUUUUUGCCCAGUCCUUGAAGAUUUGACCUUGAUAAUAGAUGAUUAUAAGGAA